AUGAGAUUGCUCCUUCCCCAUCUCAGCAUCCUGCUCCUGGCGACAUGCGCGUGGGCCAACGUCCUGGCAGGGCCUUAUCAGACCAUGCUGUUCUGGUACGCAUACCGAAUAGACGUGAUGACCUUCGGAGCGGGUUCCACGGAGAUCUCAUCCGAGUGCGUGGGGACAGCGUCCGACAAGAGCUGUCUGUUCGACGAGUUCGUGCGGUACAUCCAGCGCGACGGGAAGAACGCCUGGACGGGCAGCACGACGGUGGGCGAUGAUCUGGAGCCGGAUGUGCUGAACACGGCUGACGAGCUGGCCGCCGACGGGUACAAAGGGAAUUACGAUAUCGCCAAACUGUUCCCGGGCCAGUUCACGACCGGUCAAGUCACCAACUUCCGCGGCAUGUUUGAGCCCGUGAUCGACGUCAUCCAGGCGUGUCGGAAAGAGGUAGCCACCGGCUCCGCCUCCAUCAACGAGAAAGCCUUCGAUAGCGCGCUCGACCACGCGCGGCGUGCCAUGGUGUCUACGCACGAAGCCCGCAUUGCCGAUAACGCGGCCGGAUUGAUUGAGGAGCUGAACGCGAAGUUGCAAGACCUCGGAUACGACUGGACCGUCGAAACGAAAUCCAACACCGCCUUGGAUGGCUCGAUCUGGCAAUCGGUCGACAGUGAGAAAACCAUCACGGAUCACGUCAAUGGUGACGAGGAUUUGAAGCAAACAAUCAUCGGGCUUAUCAACGAUUCCGGCAAGGACACGGGCAAUUACGCGACCAAGGCCGAGAAGCAAGCCACAAAGCAAGCCGCCAGUCAUGCCAUGGCUGUCCAGACAGAAAAGAGGAUACGGAAACGAGAGCCCUAUGUUACGUGA